AUGGCUUCCAAUGGAACGUACCAGUUUUCCGAACUGCCGCCAGAUCAGCGAGUCCUCUCCGAUCAAAGGUACAGAACUCAUCUGUACUACGCAGCGCAGUUCGCCGUAUGGGUUGGUCAUCUGUACUUUGUUGUCCGCCUGGUGGCAAUCCUGUCUAGCCCAUCGCAAACCUGGCAAGCGUGGAUGAUGUUUGCGGUGGAAUUGAUGUUUGCUCAUUUGGCUCGGAAAGAACAACUUCGUUCUAUCAUUGCGGGCAAGGUCGCGCAAAGUGGCCCGCGGAAGAGGUUGCGCCUGCAAGGCUCCGAUGGUCUUCCUCGUGUAGAUGUCCUGCUGCCCUGCUGUGGCGAACCAGUGGAUGUCAUUAUGCAGACAGUGCGAGCGGCAUGCACCUUAGAUUAUCCUAUCUCACAGUUCCGAGUCUUACUUCUCGACGACGGCGGAUCGGCUCUUCUCAAGAAGACUGUUUCGGGACUCCAGGCCCAGUGGCCGCAUCUAUCGUAUCAUUCACGCGGCAGACAAUCUGGCCAAGUGUUCGCGAAAUCGGGCAACCUGAAUUAUGCCCUGACCACCUUGCAGAAUGAGGACACGCCGGAAUUCUGCGCAGUCUUGGAUGCGGACUCUAUCCCCACGCCAGACUUCCUUCGCGCGACUCUCGCUCAUCUGCUGCAAAAUCCCACCUCGUCAUUGGUUUCUACUCGUCAGUACUUUUCGAAUCUUCCCAACGGAGAUCCCUUGUCUCAGGCACGCUGCCAUUUCUACACUUGCCAAAAUGCGGAGCUCGACAUUCUGGGCCGUGCUAUAGACGCCGGGUCCGGUGCCGUGUUUCGGCGCCAGGCUAUUGUUGACGUUGGGCUGUACCCGACCUUCUCCUUUUCCGAGGAUUGGCAGCUAUCUCUGGUUUUGCAAGGCUUUGGGCACCGCACAAUGCAGGUCCAAGAGCCUUUGCAGUACGGCCUUGUCCCAACCUCCAUUACCGGUCACAUUGCCCAAAGAAACCGAUGGAAUAUCGGUCACGCUCAGCAGAUGGCUUCGAUGCUUUCGUCGAAUCCCCCGAAUCUUCCCAAGGAUCUUCGAACGAGUAUUGCUUGGAAUGGAGCUGGGAUUGUUGGAGGUGAACUUGGCUGCUUGCUCUGCUUUGCUGCAAUCCCAAUUCUCCUGCUGGCUGGUAACACCGUCCCUGCCACAUCGAAUUUUGCAAUCCAGCUCCAGUUAGCUCUGGGAAUAAUCUACCUUCUCUCUACUUGGGUAUAUGAGUUCUGUCAAGCUGCAAAUACAGGCUUCCAAAGCGCGCCGUUUGCCCACCUGGAAAAUAAAUGGCAGGCUGCUGGAAACAUCUACUCCAUUUUGCGAUUCUAUCUAUUGUCCAGCAAGCCGAAAGGCUCAUUUGUGACGGGUAGCACGGCUAACUCCUGGAAUCGUCUUACAGCCAUGUCAGCAUACAUGAGAAUCUACAAAGACUUAUGGCAGAAUGGCAUAUUUUGCAAUGUGAUUGUGCUUAUCACGACACUGGGAGCGAUAUUCUACUCUACGGCAGUUGCGCUGUCUCCCAGUGACCACGAUCUAACGACAAAAUUGUUCACCUCAAUUGCCUGGCCACCAUUGCUGCACGUUUGCUAUCUCACCCUUGCCAACAAUUGGGUACCCGUUGCUUAUCUGCUCGAUCCGCCAAAGUACCCUGAUCAGAAAUCCGAGUCUAGGAAGGAAGAACCCCCUAGGACUAGUACAUCGCAGGAUACGUGGUUCAGUAUGGCCAAAUCAAGCAAAGCAAGCAGGGAGAUGCUGCAGCUAGGAAGCAGACUGGAGAUUGUUGAAGAAACGGAAUUAUGA